AUGCAGAACUCCGUAGGCGACGUGAUCAACCUCAUCAGCAAGAGUGAGAUCCGCUAUGAGGGUAAACUGCACUCUAUCAACACUGAGGAAAACACCGUGAGCCUGUCGAAUGUGCGCAUCUACGGUACCGAGGGCCGCAAGGGCGGCGGCGUGGAAGAGGUGCCGCCGACGGAGCAGCUGUUCGAAUUCAUCGUGUUCCGCGGUUCCGAUAUCAAGGACCUGACGGUCUUCCGCGACAGCAGCUCCCCGCAGGCGCGCGACCCUGCUAUUGUGGAGGUGCACGCCCCAGCGCGCGGUCGUGGAGGACGCGCCGCAGCCGCGGCACCUGCAGCUUCGGCGACGGCGGCGAGCAGCGCUGCCACUCGUGGCAGCCGCUCCUUCUACGACGAGGCUCAGCCGUACAGCCGCGGUGGCGGUGGCGGGCGCCGUGGUGGCUACGGCGCCGGUCGCUACAAUAACAAUAACGGCGGCGGCAGCAACAACAGCAACAGCAACCGCAAUCACCGCGGCGGCUAUGGCGGUCGCGGCGGAUCGGGUAACUACCGCCGCAACUACCGCGACUACCACACUGGCCAGGACUUCAAGCCCGCUGACAUCGGCGCAACGGAGAAGUUCGAGGGAGAUUUCGAUUUUGCCAAGUGCCGCGAGGAGUUCGAGAAGAAGAAGAGCGAGUUCGAGAAGGCCAAGGAGGAUGCCAAAUCUCACGCCAAGGCCUACGACAAGAGCAGCUUCUUCGACACCAUCUCGUGCGACCAGAAGGAGAAGAACAACAUGAACCGCGCCGAAAUGCGCAAGGCGGACACCGAGACCUUCGGGCCGGAGAUGGUGAGCAGCAUGCGCGGCUUCCGUCGCGGCCGCGGCGGUCGUGGACGCUACCAGCAGCGCUGA